AUCUCUCUCCUCCUUUCUCUAUCCACAUCUCCCUCUCUCUCCGGAGCUCCGAUCCCCUGCGGAUAUGGCCACCGUCCUCGAAUCCUUCCUCGUCCCUCGCUCCUCCGCUCUGCCUUCCGCCGCGCACUCCCCGAUCGCCGACUCCUCGGUCUCUUCCAUCACCGGCCGCCUCGGAUUGCCUAAUUACUCCGGCCUGAAGGUCAGUUCCGCGCUCCGGACCUCGCGCUCCGCUGGAUCUCUCAGUUACGGUCCCGCUCGGCGCCGCCGCGGACUAACCAUCUGCGAGGCUCAGGACACCGCCGUCGAAGUGCCUGCUGUUUCUGAUGCAACAUGGCAGUCACUUGUGCUCGAUGCUGAAUUACCUGUUUUGGUUGAAUUCUGGGCCCCGUGGUGUGGUCCAUGCCGUAUGAUCCACCCUAUUAUUGAUGAACUGGCAAAGCAAUACGCUGGUAAGCUUAAGUGUUACAAAGUGAAUACUGAUGAGAGUGCUUCAAUUGCAACCCGAUAUGGGAUCCGAAGCAUUCCCACUGUCAUCAUGUUCUACGGUGGUGAGAAAAAAGAUGCCGUUAUUGGGGCUGUUCCGAAGUCUACAUUAACCACCACCAUAGAAAAGUUCUUGUAGAAAUGGUAAGUAAUGAAUGUCUUUUCAGGAGCUAAGUCGUGUCUUGUAUCUGUUCUCUUUUUAGAUUCUCGCUUUCUCUCAGAGUUUAGAUACUUCUCUCAAAAUAAACUGUUGUCCUCUGCUGUAUAGUUAUUUGGAAGAAUAUGUAUCUAUCUUCCAUUUUCAGAGAAUGCUAGUAAUGUUAUAUCUUCGUCACUCGAA